AGCUGUCACCUCAACAGCACCACAGCAACGCAGGGCAACAGACUAUCAGUGAAUAACAGAUAUUAUGGAAGGAAGCAACGGUAUUUGGCCCAGUCAAAAGCAACCAGGAGGUCCUGUUUGGCUAACUCAUCCCGCCCAACAGCCUAGCCAACCUCAGGCCAUGCCCUGCUUUCCUGGCCAGCCCAGCACUCCAUGCUGGCCUAGCCCACAACCACCCCCACCAGCCUCUGCUCCAGCUCAACCCCAACCCAUGCCCUGCUUUCCUGGGCAGCCCAACACCCCCUGCUGGCCUGAGCAACAUCCAUCCCAACCAAGCUCAGCUCCAGUCCAAAACUGGACCGGUCAUCAGCCAUCAUCUCAAUCAGCUCCAACUCAAAUCUGGAACUGGCCAGGUCAGCAACCAAAUCAACCAGCCCAGACCCAAAAUUGGCCUUGUUCCCAACCACAACCAAAUCAAACAGCUCCAACCCAAAACUGGCCUUGUUCCCAACCAGAACCAACCCAACCAGCCCCUGCCCAAAACUGGUCUGGUACCCAACCACAACCAACCCAACCAGCCCCUGCCCAUCCUUGCCAACCAUGCUGGCCUGGGACCCAGCCUCCACACAUCCAGCCCCAGCUUUAUCAACCUCCAGCCCCAGCACCAUUGCAAGCCCAGGCCCAAACCCAGAGCCCAAGCCCACCUAGUGCCCUAGGGUGGCCGGUACCAGGCUUUAAUCCAAACAUUAAACCAGGGUCUGGAUGGCCUUUCAGCCCAGGUCAGGACCCAGGUGGACAAUCCGGUUGGCCUGGCCAGGAUCCAGCUGUCUCAGCACCUGCUCUUCAAUGGAACCCAACACCAACUGUAUUGAAUGUGCCUUACAACCUGAACCUAAAACGAGGAAUCUACAACAAGAUGAUGAUAACCAUCAUGGGCCAGGUCAAACCAAAUGCUAAGCAGUUCACAGUGAACUUCCUGCGAGGUAAUGACAUUGCUUUCCACCUCAACUCUCGCUUCAACGAGGGGGGCAAGCAGGCUGUGGUGAGGAACUCCAAGGUGGGGGAGCGCUGGGGGAAGGAAGAGAGGCACACACAGGGAGGAGUCUUCCCCUUCAUGGCCGGACAGUCCUUCGAGAUGAAGAUUCUGGUUACGCCUGAAGAAUUCAAGGUGGCUGUGAACGGGGCUCAGCUGUUUGAGUUUAAACACCGCGUCAGAGAACUCAACCAGAUCGAUCGCAUCAACAUCCUUCAUGAUUGCGUGCUCACCUACAUUAACACAGACACAAUCCCUUGACUACCGUUUAGUUACAUGACAUCACAAUAUACUCAGUGUGACAUUAGUUUACAUGCAUUUUACAUCAGUGUAAUUAAUGGUUUAUGCACCUGUUUGAUGAUGAUGAUGAUGUUGAGCAGUGCUGUGCUCAUUCUGUGGUGGCCUCAUAACACAGCAUAAAUGUCAACUAAAAACUAUGAAUAACCACUUUUGGCACCUAACCCAAAUUAAGUUAUGCCAUUUAAUCGAAUUUGUAUAAUAAUUUAUAUUACUUUAAUACUGUUGAUCACAUACAAUGUAAAUAAACAUACUUUGUGCCUAUAUGUAAAGUUAAAACACCAGAAAAUACAGUAAGUGCACAAUUUCAAUUAUUGUUGAUAAUUAAUUAAUGAAUUAAUUAAUGAUUCUUGUUUUUAACUGA